UCUAGUGAACACAAGAUAAACCUCAAAACAAAGUAAAAAGUUUAUUAAGAAAGUAAUGAAGACAUUAAUUGUGAAAUGUUCCCUUCUAUUGGCUCUUGUAUGUAGCUGCAAAGCAGCAGAUUCAAUAUGGCAACUCUGCAACACAAACUCAAACAUCUCAGCAAGCAGCCAAGUCUCCAAGAACAUCGAUUCUCUUCUCGCGACGCUUGUCUCAAAGACUCCUUCACAAGGUUUCGUGACCACAACUUCUCCAAGUUACAACAAAAAAGAGAAAGUGUAUGGACUUGCUCAAUGUAGAGGAGAUAUCAGCAAGACCGAUUGCUCCACGUGUAUCCAAGACGCGGCCAAGAAAAUCCGUGAAGUAUGUCCGAACCAAUCUGACUCAAGGAUCUUGUACGAUUUCUGCUUCUUACGUUAUAGCCAAGAGAAUUUCAUAGGGAAGCUUGACACGGGGGCUGGUCUUAUAUACUUCAACAUCGCUAACGUAACCGAAACUGACCCCAAAACGUUUGACAAUGAGCUUGGGGCACUCUUUGACAAAAUUAGGUCUGAGGCGGUUUUGCCUAAGAGUAAAGGUUUAGGUAAAGGUAAGACAAAACUGACACCUUUUGUGACACUAAACGGUUUGGUUCAAUGCACAAGGGACUUAGGCGCUUUGGAUUGCGCUCAAUGCUUUGCAACUGCGGUCGGGAGCUUCAUGACAACUUGCCACAACAAGAAGGGAUGUCGUGUUUUGUAUAGUAGUUGCUAUGUCCGGUACGAGUUUUAUCCGUUUUAUUUCCCUCUUGAUCCGGCUAAAACUGGUCCUAGUGUUGGUAGAAUUUCUUCCGUUCGUCUCUCUCCGUAAUCACAAAGUCUAAUAAAAGAGUAAGUUUGACUCUAAAGAGUAUAUGUAUAUGUGUGCAAAAUAAGGCUCUCUCCUUUUGUUUCUUCUUUAAGAUGUAAGCAAUUAAGUUGCCAAGUUAUUUGUGUUCUAGAUUCCAACAUGCAUAUAUAGUUGCAUACAUAUCAUCGGAUCCUGUAUAUUUUAUUUAUCCUAAAGAAACUAAUAUGUCAUCCAUUUCAAUAUAAAUAUAUAUCGUUUUUGAA